ACCCCGCUGCGCGUGCUUGCCAUCAGUUCGGAGAUGAAGCUCGUGAACACGCUCUUCUGGAUGUUCUCAACAUCUCAUGCAUCUUCCAGAAGUGCUGCAGCUGUGCACUGACCAUGGCUGCAAACCAAUCUAAACCGAAAAAACCCAAACUGGAUAAAAAGACUCUCAGCCAGAAUGCGUUGUUUGGAAUGGGAAACCCAUUGCUUGAUAUCUCUGCUGUAGUCGACAAGGACUUCCUGGACAAGUAUGGGCUGAAGCCGAAUGACCAGAUUUUAGCGGAAGACAAGCACAAAGCACUGUUUGAGGAACUAGUCAAGAAGAAUUCAGUAGAGUACCAUGCUGGGGGCUCCACCCAAAAUUCAGUCAAAAUUGCCCAGUGGAUGAUUCAGCAGCCGCAUAAGGUGGCCACCUUCUUCGGGUGCAUCGGCACCGACCGCUUUGGCGAGAUCCUGAAGAGGAAGACCGCGGAGGCUCAUGUGGACGCCCGCUACUACGAACAGAGUGAGGUGCCCACCGGCACAUGCGCGGCCUGCAUCACCGGCGACAACAGGUCCCUUGUUGCCAACCUGGCCGCGGCGAACUGUUACAGUAAGGAGAAGCACCUGGAUUUGGAAGGAAACUGGGAGCUGGUGGAGAAAGCCAGUGUCUACUACAUUGCUGGUUUUUUCCUGACAGUGUCCCCGGAGUCCAUCAUGAAGGUGGCCAAGCAUGCGUCGGACAACAACAAGAUCUUCUGCUUGAACCUCUCAGCCCCGUUCAUCAGUACGUUCUUCAAGGGUCCCUUGAUGAAGGUCAUGCCCUUUGUCGACAUCUUGUUCGGGAACGAGAUGGAGGCAGCCACUUUUGCCAGAGAGCAAGGCUUUGAGACGGAAGACAUUGGCGAGAUUGCACGCAGGACGCAGAGCCUGCCGAAGGUGAAUGGGAGCAGGCAGCGAACCGUGGUCUUCACUCAGGGCAAGGGCGACACAGUGGUAACAAAAGGUGAUAAGGUGAUAACUUUUCCUGUCUUGGACAUUGAUCAGAGUGACAUUGUGGACACUAAUGGAGCUGGAGACGCAUUUGUGGGAGGUUUCCUGUCCGAACUUGUCCAGUGCCAGCCUCUGGAGCAGUGUAUCCGGGCCGCACACUACGCAGCCAAUAUCAUCAUCAGGAGGGCGGGGUGCACGUUCCCUGAAAAGCCAGACUUCCACUGAUGUCCAGCCUUUGUUGUAUGGGACUAUUGCUUUUCUCACUUGUUUUUUUUUUUUUUUUUUUUUAAUGGUUGCCUCUAUAUGCUUCCCCUGCUAUCUGCAUCGAGCAUUCUGCAACUCUGUGUUCAGUCUGUCCUGUUUCAGGCGCUCCAUGUGGUUGAUGUCGUGCAAAUGCCUCUAGCUUCACGAAUCCAUAUUGUAAAGAGACAUUAGCUGUGACCGAAAUGUGCUCGUUUACUUGUAUUUUUUCAUUAUGAUUCCACAGUGCCAAAUGAUUCGACUUUUUCCACAUAAACUGGAAGUUCACACGUGUUCUUAAGGCUGAUAAAUUAAAAAGAACAAAAUUUUAA